AUGCUCAGAUUAUCCUCAAACUCCUCAGACUACUCCUCAGACUCCUCCUCAGAUUAUCCUCAGACUCCUCCUCAGAUUAUCCUCAAACUCCUCCUCAGAUUAUCCUCAAACUCCUCAGAUUAUCCUCAGACUCCUCCUCAGAUUAUCCUCAGACUCCUCCUCAGACUACUCCUCAGACUACUCCUCAAACUACUUCUCAGAUUAUCCUCAAACUCCUCAGACUACUCCUCGGUCUAA